AUGACCAAAUCUGUCGAAUCUAUCCCACUGGAAUCACCACAUUCCAACGCAAUCAGUAUGCGGUUUUUCAUUGUCAUUGCGAUCUUCUACGAAAAGAAGAAUCCACUUGUGAAUCGGGGUCAGUAUUUAUUGCGUGACCGACUAUGCUCUCGGACUGGGGGUGAAACGCGACUCUCUGAUAGACCGAAAACGGAGAACGACGAGCCAGCCCAGCCUGAUUUGUUUGCUGACGAAGCCGAAGAUAAAGUCAUCUACAUGGACAACAAUUGUGCUGGAUCUCAAUGCUAUGCACCGUAUAUCACACAGUACAUCGCAGUUGAGGGUAAACAGUUGGAGAACGAACUUGAUCGCAUCAUCAACGUUGACGUCGACUCAUGCCAGAGUCUUUGUACCCAACGACUUUCGCUCACGGUAAGUCAUUUCUGGCUGAGAAGCUCGCUCUGGAGACAUCAUGACCCGAUGGACGUGAAUAAGAUACCCUCUGCACCAGGUUCUGGUGGAUGUGCUGCCCACUUCAUGACGAGAAAUGUUCAGUGA